AUGGGAAGCCUUCCACUUUAUUUCUUUUCCAUAUUUAAAGCACCUAUCGGAGUGAUUGAAUCAUUGGAGAAAACACGAAGUAGAUUCUUGUGGGGUGGAAAUGACGAAAAAACUAAAAUCCACUGGGUAGCUUGGAAGAAAAUACAAGCCAAAAAAGAAAAUGGAGGCCUUGGUGUGGGAUCUUUACGUGCCCUAAAUUGUGCACUUCUAAUGAAAUGGAUCUGGAGGCUAAAAGGUCCCCUGAACUCGAUAUGGAAAUCUGUCAUUAUGGGAAUACAUAACAUCCAUAGGAAGCCAUUGUCAUCGUUAUUUAAAAAAUCUAUAAACGGGGUUUGGGGUAACAUUGUUAAGGUAAUGGGGGAUAUAGAGUCACUUGGGAUUGCUCCAAGUAAUCUAUUUUUUGUAAAUGUAGGUAAUGGAGAACACACUUGCUUUUGGACGGAUGUGUGGAUUGGAAGCUCACCACCCUCCGAUCGAUUCCCACACAUAUUCGCUUUAGAGAAACGUAAAUCUGCCUAUAUAGCGGAAAGGAAUUGCAUUGAUGAUUUCAAUGCAGCCUGGAAAAGAAAGCCUUCAACUAUGGUCGAGGCUGACGAGCUCUCCCAAAUUCACUCGAUUAUCAACUCGACCGAACUUUCCAGGGAACGGGACUCCUGGCGCUUUACAUUAGCCCCUGAUGGUGAAUUCCGAGUGCAUCUGAUUAGGGAAUAUAUUGAUCUAAAGGCAGUUACGGUGAUCUCCCUGGAGUUCGAAUAG